AUGCCUGUCGAGGUGAUCACCACCAUCUCUCCGACCACCAAUGAGCCGAUCCUGACGAGGAACGGCAUUUCGGUCUCGGAUCUCGAAGCACUGCCCAAGACGUCGGCCGAGGCCUUUCGGUCAUGGAGCAAGACAAGUCUGGCUGAGCGGAAGGCCAUUGUGCGCAAGGCGCUCGACAUUCUGCUCAGCCGGACGGACGAGCUGGCCCAGGAGCUGACCACGCAGAUGGGCCGCCCCAUCGCGUACACGGGCAAGGAGAUUGGCACGGCCGUGAAGCGCAGCGAGUUCUUCCUGAGUGUCUGUGACGACGUGCUGAAAGACACGCCAGGCACCGAGGAGUCUGGUUACACGAGGUACAUCCGCAAGGUGCCGGUGGGCCCUGUGCUGGUGAUCUUUGCGUGGAAUUACCCGUAUCUCAUUCUGGUGAACACGCUGAUCCCGGCGCUGCUGGCGGGCAACACGGUCAUCAUGAAGCCGUCGCCACAGACGCCGACGGUGGUAGAGCAGGUGGCCAAGGCGUUUGACGAGGCUGGUCUGCCGGCGGGCGUGCUGCAGUACUUCCACUGCGGGUCGCCGACGGUGAUCGAGACGGUGGUGCGCAAUCCGCUGGUGGCGGCCGUGUGCUUCACGGGCUCGGUGGCUGGUGGACUGGCGGUGCAGCGAUCGGCAGCCGACCGGACCGUCAGCGUGGGCCUGGAGCUGGGCGGCAAGGACCCGGCCUACGUGCGACCGGACACGGACAUUGCCUGGGCGGCCGAGCAGCUCGUCGACGGCUGCGUCUUCAACUCGGGACAGAGCUGCUGUGCCAUCGAGCGGGUCUACGUGCACGCCGACGUGCACGAUGCCUUUGUCAAGGCGGCACAGGACGUCCUGCGCGGCUACCGGCUCGGCGAUCCGGCCGACAAGACCACGCAUGUCGGGCCCGUCGUCUCGAAGCGGGCCAAGGACACGAUCGAGGGCCACAUCCGUGACGCGCUGGCCAAGGGUGCCCACGACGCGACGCCCGCCGACAACACGACGUUUGCGAGCCCGCCGGCCGGUGGCAAUUACGUUAAGCCAACGCUGCUGACGGGCGUGACCCACGACAUGACCGUCAUGACCGAGGAGACCUUUGGCCCCGUCAUCCCGGUGAUGAAGGUCAAGGAUGACCAGGAGGCCGUGGCGCUCAUGAACGACAGCGAGUUUGGCCUGACGGCCAGCGUGUGGACCAAGGACAAGGCCGCGGCCCUCCAGCUGAUCGACCAGGUGGAGGCCGGCACUGUCUUUGUGAACCGCUGCGACUACCCCAGCCCGGACCUGGCGUGGACCGGAUGGAAGAACUCGGGCAAGGGCCACACCCUCAGCCGUUACGGCUUCGACCAGUUCUUCAAGCUGAAGAGCUACCACAUCGCCGACGGCCCGGCUUAG